ACCUCGUUCAAUACGAUGAUGACCAGUUUAUCCAGACUGUACCAAAAAAGUAUUUGAAAUCUAGAAUAAGAGAUAAAGAAGAUGAUAAUAUAUCUCAGACAGCUAGUAGAACGAUUUAUUACCCUCUUACAAAUUUCAAAAGACAAAGGUGUACAUCAGAUGUAACAUCUCUUCAUACAUCAGACUGGGUGGAGCAACGUCCGCGCCGAUUUUCAGCCCGAGUACAAGUUCCAGCAAAGGAUAUAUUUGAAAUUGGUUCAGAUGUCAUGGCCUUUUUUAAAGACGAUCUUUCAUGGUAUCCUGCAAAAGUUUUAGCCAGAAAGCUGACCGGAUAUCUGAUCCAGUAUAAUGACGACAGAUAUAUGGAGAUAGUACCUGAUAAGUUUUUAAGAUUGAUGGAACCAUCGAAAGACCAAACAGAAAACGGGGCAUCAACUACAUCAGAAGCAAGACAAAUAAAAAUACAUAAAGGAAGGUAUAUUCCGAGAGAUCCUAUUGUCAAACAUGUACCAGCAAAAGUAUUCAAGAUAAUUGACCAUGUGCAAAUUGAGGAAGAAAAAGAGAAGUCGUACCGACGUCUUGAACAUAAAGAAGAAAUUAUCAAAGCUGGCACAAAAAUACUUGCCUACUUUAGAGAUGACAAGCAAUGGUAUCCAGCAAAGGUUAUUGGCAGAAAAUCAUUUGGGUAUUUAGUCCGAUAUGAAGAUGACAAAUUUAUGCAAAUAUUGCCCCCAAAAUACUUGAAGAUAUGUUAGAUUUAUUUCCCCUUGAACAGAAACACUUCGAUGACAACUAUAGAUAUAAAUCAUUGAUUGAA